AUUUCUUGUAAUAUUAUAUUCUAUGACAUACAGUGUUUUUCCCAAACCGAUUUCACAGACCUCCAAGUCCCAACUGCUGUCCUUCGAUUUCUUCUUGACUCCUCUCCUCUCCGCCAGCCUCUCUCACUGACUCCGUUCCUGCACCAUUUCCCUCCCUCCGCCACCCUCUCUCUGUCUGUGAUUGUGGGUGUGUGACUGCCACCGCCGAUCCGCUUCCCGUCGCCCCGACCCACCGUCGAAGAAGCUUUGAGACGACCAAAUCCGAAGAAGCUCGCCGACGCCCAAAUCAGAAGCAUUUGCUCCGUCUCUCUCUGCGGCUCAACCUCAACAAAGAGCAACUGAGAUGGGAAUGGUCGGAAUGGAUUUUAGUGACAGUGGUUCCGAAUGAAUAAGAGGCUCGCUCUGUAUAAUUCUGAAGAUUAAAGUUAAAUAAUAAGUUGAUUCCCUUCUCAAAUUCAGUUAAAACCCCUAAAUUUCCAAUCAGUAGAAGAAGAUGGCAGCAAAACAAAUGGAAGAGAUACAAAGAAAACUAGGGUUGUUAAACUAUCCUAGAGCCAAUGCUCCUGCUCAGUCCCUUCUUUUUGCUGGCAUGGAGCGCUAUGCCCUUUUGGAAUGGCUCUUCUUUCGCUUAUUAGGGGAUAAGUCCCCCUUCUCCCAACAAACUCACCAUGGAGAUACUAUGGAUCGUGAUGAAGAGACAGCUCACAUUCAGUAUUUGGCUGAGAUUGCAAAGUUUCUUGGUAUUACAACAACUAUAGAUACAGAAGCCAUUCAGGGACGGGGAAGCUAUGAAGAUCGCACUGAAAUGCUUCGUCUUCUUGUUGAUCUUGUUGAGGCAAGCAUUUACGCUGAUAACCCAGAAUGGAGUGUUGAUGAUCAGGUAGCAAAGGAUAUACAACUGAUUGAUUCAAUUGCUGAAAAGCAGGCUCAGAUAUUCUCAGAAGAGUGCAAAUUGUUCCCUGCUGAUGUUCAGAUUCAAUCUAUAUACCCACUGCAUGAUGUAUCUGAGCUGGAGACCAAGCUUACAGAACAAUCAAAGAUACUUUUAAAUCUUCAGCAAAAAGUGGAUGAUUUGGCAUCUAAGCAUGCUUACAACCCAGAUGAGGAGUAUACAGAGGUCGAAUCCCAAUUGCGGGCACAUUUGGAGUCUUUUCUGGAAACUGCAAGAGCAUUUAAUACAAUAUAUACCAAGGAAAUCCGUCCUUGGACGCACAUGAUGGAGGUACCCCAACUUCAUGGGUUCGGACCAGCUGCUAAUCGCUUAUUGGAGGCAUACAAGAUGCUUUUAAAGUUCCUGGGGAACUUGAGGAACUUGAGAGACUCGCAUUCAGCUCUUGCUGUUGGCUCGUCAGAAACAAUUGCUGGUGAGCCAUCAUCUGUCACAAGGAUAAUAUCCGAGUGCGAGUCUGCCUUGACAUUCUUAAAUCGUGAUCUUGGAAUUCUCUCGUCUUCCAUUGCUCGUGAGCAGCAGAACGAGGUAAAUUUGAGAUGAAACUAAUCCAUCACACCCAUUAGUGUUGGAGCAUCACCCACUCUGCAAAGUGUAUUGUCUACUUUUUUUUGUGAGGAUUCAAUGUUAAAUAUUCUAUCAUGAGUGUUGGUUGUAUAGUGGAUAGAUCGUUCCAAAUAUAGUAGAACAAAUUGCUUGACUGUAGCGCUUUCAGUUAGACCAUGUGUGUGAUCUGUUCACUUGAUUUAAAAUGCUUUUGAACAUAGAUUUGAAUUUUUGAAAGAUCACAUUUGCCAAAGACAUGGAAAAUUUGGUCAU